ACCGCAAGCUCUUUGGCUGACAGUUUCGAUUUGGUCUCGUCGCUCGUCGUCUCCUCACCCCUCGAUCGCGAGAGAGGAGGUUUCUUGUAAGCCAUAGGAAGAUAAGGAGGAGGAGAUGGGUUCCGAUGCCGUGGCCGACGACGCCUAUCUCACCGCCAUGUCGCGGGACGUCGCCAGGAAAAAGAGGACUAACAGGUCCGCGAAAUUGAAGCAGUGCAAGCUCGACGCGCGGCGCGAGCAGUGGCUCUCGCAAGUGAGGAACAAGGAUUGCGUGGUGACGAGCAGGCGGCCGCCCGCUGCGUCGCCUCCCCGUCAUCCGGUUCCUUCUGAGAAGUCGAACGGGAGGUUGAAGGAAGAGGAGCAGAAGGAGGAGCAUCGGGUUGUAGCGGAACGGGAUGGAUCGAUCUCUAACGACAGCGAGGACGGUUCUCCAACUCAUGGCAGCACCAUGAAUGGAUGCCCAAACGAGAGUGUCAAGAGUUUAAGCAGCUAUGGAUCCUCCUCGAGAAGUAUCAGCGAUGCUGAAGAGGAGGAAGAUGAUUGUGAGGAGAGAGGUGAUGAGAAAGGGGGCAUGGACGAUUGGGAAGCCUUUGCUGAUGCAUUGUCUGUCGUCGAUGAACAACCCGAUUCGAACCCUGUCGCCGGAAACCCAGAUUCUAAGUCAAUUCCCUGUGGCAUGGACAAAGAUUGCCAUGAGGGUUUGGCAAAGCCUGUUGCUAAGCCGAUGGUGCCCAGAGCUUGGAGGCCAGACGAUGCUUCCCGCCCACAGAGCUUGCCCAACCUUUCGAAGCAGCGGAGCUUGCCGGUGAGCACAGAGCGGCGCCUUGCUGCAGCCGGGUGCGCACAGCAUGGCAUCCUCUCCACACCGUCUUCAUGCCCCAUUUGCUAUGAGGACCUGGAUCCAACUGACUCGAGCUUCCUCCCAUGUAACUGUGGCUUUCGCCUUUGCUUGUUUUGCCACAAACGGAUUCUCGAGGCAGACGGACGCUGCCCUGGGUGCAGGAAGCAGUAUGCUCCUGUGGCGGGUGGUGAGGUCCGCAUUGGUGGUGGAGGACAGCCUUUUGCUCUCCAUCUAUCUCGUUCUUGUAGCAUGAGUUCAAGAACCUAGGUAGUCACGUCCACUGCUUUUCCAUUCUUACAGUGAAUGUUCUCGUUCAAGGAGACCUGUGGGACUUCUAUGUUUUCGUCAUUAUAGAGUUAUCUUUUGAAGAAAGCCAUGUGAAUAUGGGCAUAGAGUUUGGGUGUAUAAGAACUGAUUUUGGUAACAUAAUGCGAUUAAAAUGUCUGCAUCAUUUGUAUGAAUGUGUGCAUGUGAAUGGACUGAAUAUGUUAAUACGCAAUUCUUUUUUUGGAACAUGUUAAUCCUUCUAGGUUGAAGCCUGAACAUUACUUUAAAUUAGCUUUCAACAUUCGUUACUCUAAAACCAGGGGAAGUUACUUCUCUGUAUAUUUUAUUGAAUUCAUGUUUUUGUUAAUCAAUGUCUUGUCUAAAAAUUGUGUAAAGAUACCUGUUAGACUACAUGUUGCAUUUUUCUUUUUCAUAGAAACUUAUUGGUAGAUUUCCUACUUUAAUCCUGUGAAUGAUGCCUAGUUGUUAUAUGUUCUAAUCAUCUAAUGCUUUUGCGAGUAUAGUAUGGCCCAUCAUAUUUACUUAAAUGCAUCUCGUUUAGAAAGGUGGGAAGAAGUUACUGAAGUUUCUUAGAUACUCUUUGGCUUCAAAGAUGGUAAGUAGUUUAAUUUAUUUUCAAUUAUGGUACUUAUAUUUUAAAUUUUUGUUCAAUGAUAUUUUACUAUCAUGUAUGUUUAUUGUGCAGGUUAUGACUUUUGAUUUGCGACCAUGCCACUGAUCUGCUUUUGCGAUGGACUUCAUGAAUAUUCUGUGUGAGGGUUUGGGAGAAAGAGGGAGGGGAGGGCUCUAUUGGGCUCCGAGGGAUCUCAACGCAUUAUGCAAGGAGGAGAGGAUAGGGGUUUGUCAAGGUCGAGGUAGGGGGAGAAUGCGACACCGAAGGAGAGGGAGGGAGAAGAAGAGAAAUUCUGAAGAAGAGCUCAUCAAAGAAAGACGUUGGAGUCAUCCAUCGAUGGAGAGGAAGAUGUUGCCUCAAUGAUUAGAUUUGGGAAGAGAGACUAAUCAGGUUCAAUCAAAGUAGAAUCAAUAAACAAAAUUGAAUUAGAUUUAACCCAAUCCCAUUGUUGGCUCAAGUGCAUGCCUAAGUUGCCUGCCGCCUGGGCUCAAGCACGUGCCUGAGCAGCGCUUAAUUGAAAGCGCUUGCUUGGACUGCUUAAUAGGUGCUCGGGUCACACCUUGUGCCUAGGCAAGUGCCUGUUUGGAGCAUCUGCUGAUUCCCCAGUUCUUGAAAUGGAAUCUGUUUAUGUUGAUGACACAGAGGAUGCUAGCGACAAGACUAUCACGGAUUCUCUAAUAAGCGACAAGGUGAUUGCGAUGCAACAAAGUUCUUGGCAAGAUCGAGCUCGCAGGUUCCGUAACGACUCAGAAAGUUGAAAUUCCUCUCGGACGAAUGGCAGGAGCUCGUAUGGAACCAGCCGGAGACUUGAUAGUACUUCAGUUAGACUUGCUGAAGUAGGGAACCGAUGGCGUUGAAGGAGACAGGAAGGCAUUGUAGAGUGAGUUUUUAUUGCACCUUUCUGUAUUGCAAUCUUUAGUGGAAUAUUAGCGUUAUUUUUUAUUUGGAUGUCAUGAUGUUUCUAUAGUUUUAGCGAUUCCUUUCUCGCCAAGGAUGACAUACAUGAGGUCAAUUCAGAUGAUAUUUACCGAAUAUUGCGACACAUUUAUAGCUUAAAUGUGACACAUCAUGUUUCAUCUC